AUGCAUCAUAAACAGAAGAUUGUCGUCGUCGGCGCCGGGCCGGUCGGCUCGCUCGCCGCACUUUAUGCUGCUCAGAGGGGACACGAUGUUGAGAUAUAUGAACUUCGUCCAGACCUUCGCUAUCCUUCAACCGUUCCACUAAACUUCACGAAGUCAAUUAACUUGGCUUUGUCUGAGCGUGGUAUAAACGCCAUUCGCAAUGCCGGGCAUCCCACUCUCCUCGAUUCCGUCCUCAGGGCUACCAUUCCCAUGAGGGGCCGGAUGAUCCAUCUCCGUCGUUCAGAUGGCAGCUUUUACCAGGAGGCUCAGAACUACGACGUCCAUGGAAGGGCUAUCCUGGCCAUGGAUCGGGCGGGCAUAAAUAAGGAUCUGCUCGACGCAAUCGAGGGGAUGCCUAAUGUGAAAAUCUUCUUCAACCACAGACUAACCGGCGCCGACUUUCGAAAGUGUCAGGCAUGGUUUGAGGUGAAGAACGAAACCCAGGAUGGCGACGCUGAGGGAAGGCCCCGAGAGAUCCAGGUCGACUUUGAUCUCAUGAUUGGGGCCGAUGGCGCUCAUUCAGCAGUGAGAUACCACAUGAUGAAGUUUACUAGGAUGAAUUAUUCUCAGCAUUAUAUCGAUACGCUGUGGUGCGAGUUCCAAAUUCCUCCGCGAGAAGAUGCACCAGCGGAUGACCCUAUGGCCAAGUUUGCUAUCUCACCAAACCACCUUCACAUCUGGCCAGGGAAGGAAUUCAUGUUUAUUGCUAUUCCAAGCGAUGAUGGCUCGUUCACUUGCACUCUCUUCCUCCCCAGCGCUAGCUAUGCUCGUCUGGAGAAUGAUACCGCUUCCAUCCCCUCGUUCUUCGAUGAGCAUUUCCCUGGGGUAACAGAAUUGAUUACCCCCGAGGCUCUCAUUCAGUCCUUCGAGGCGAAUCCUCACCUUCCCUUGAUCAGCAUCAAGUGCCAGCCACACCAUUUUGCUGGUUCUGGGGUCAUAGUUGGAGACGCUGCUAGUGCCAUGGUUCCCUUUUAUGGGCAGGGAAUGAAUACGGGCAUGGAGAGUGUUCGAGUUCUUUUCUCGAUGCUGGACAAGUACGCGGCAUCUGUAGCGGACAAUAAUCCACUCGAGAUCUCCGACCCGGCGGCGGCAAGCGCGCAUCAACGAGCUCUAGCACUUGCGGAGUUUUCUACUUACAGAGUCCCCGAUGCGCAUGCGAUCAUCGACCUGGCCCUUCAAAACUACUUGGAGAUGAGAUCGUCCGUCUUGUCGCCUGCCUACCGCCUACGGAAGUUCCUCGAAGAAACCAUCUCUGUCUACCUUCCCGGACUCGGUUGGCGUACCAAGUAUUCCCGUGUCAGCUUCGGGAAUGAGAGAUUCACAGAUGUGAUGAGGAAGAGCGACCAUCAGGGUAAGAUUCUUUGGCGAACGUUCGUCGCAGCUCUCUGCAGCCCAGUCGUCAUCGCUGGCAUGGUGCAUUGGGCUCGUCACGCGGAGCGUUUCCCCAGAAUAUGGAAUGGCGUCUUAAGACUGCUGCGCCGUCCAUGA